AAGAGGUGUCUAAUCGUAUGUAUGGUUCUCAUUUAAUUUAACGUCAGGAGUUCCAAAGUGGCAAAGGAACACCAACACAAUUUGGUGUCGUGUCGCCUCUUCUCUUCCCAGCAUUUCAUUCUUGUGCUUUUCCUAUUUCUUUCCCGCCAGCGUUUCGGCCGUCUCGUUAGUCCCAGGAAUUACCGGCUUCUUAUCCCAUUUCGACCAUCUCAGGUUUCAACUCUGGCUUGUCUUCAGUUCUACAUUGAUGACCUAUAUAUCUUGGAGAAUCUGCGAUGUUUCAAUAUAGAUAAGGGGAACGACGACUGAGUUACUUGUGAGGUUUUGGAACCAUGUCUUCAUCUCUACCAGUUCUUCCUACACCUCUAGAAGAGAAGUAUCCCAAAUUGCCAAAUUCUUUUCAGGUUUCUGCAGAAAUGAAAAUGAUGACAAAUCCGAUUUCUCCACAAGCACAUCCAUUGGCGUCCAACAAUGGAACUGUUGGCUACAUGCUUUCAUCAGAUUUUGUUUUCCCUAAAGAUAUCAAUUUAUCAUCAUUUUCUUCUAAUAGUAGCAGUUCCCAAAAUUCUUUGUUCAUUCCUCAGUCAUCAACAAAUGGAGUAUCUUUACCACCAAUCAGUUCUUCUGGCAUAGAAAUACAAUCUACACCAUCAGUUACUUUCUCCCGAGAGAGGAAAGAAAAUUCCUGGUGUACAGAUUCACUUAAGGAUUUUCUUGAUUUUCCUGAAAAUGUUCCUAUCCAGAAUAAUAAUCAGGUAGAAGGCAGUGGUGGUGGCAUGUCAUAUGAGGACUGUGCUAAGACAACUGAUUGGCCGGAUUGGGCAGAUCAGUUUCUUAACGAUGAUGAUUCUUUGGAGCCUAAUUGGAAUAGGCUUCUCAUUGAUGUUGAUGUACCAGAUCCUGAGCCAAAGGUACUGAAACCGUCUUCCUCUGUCUUGAUACACCAGUCUGAAAUCUGUCAGCACCAUCCAGCACAAUCUGGAGAAAUUUCUGCCGUUCCCAACUCUUUGUCCCCUGCACCCUCAUCCAAGCCUCGCAUGCGCUGGACACCAGAAAUGCAUGAGGCCUUUGUGGAGGCUGCCAAACAGCUUGGUGGCAGUGAACGGGCGACUCCAAAGGGAAUCUUGAAGCUUAUGAAUGUUGAAGGUCUGACCAUCUAUCAUGUAAAAAGCCAUCUGCAGAAAUACAGAACAGCCAGAUACAAACCAAAGCUGUCAGAAGGAACUUCAGACAAAAAUUUAACUCCAAGUGGAGAAAUUACGUCGCUAGACUUAAAAAUGUAAGUUUCUUAUUCUUUACUUGGAAGAG